AUUCACCCAUGAUUUUAAAGAUUAAUAAAUAUGAUACAUUGAGUUUAUUUGGCGGCAGUAAUCAGUAAACCACUAUUAACUCGGACGGUGAUAAAAAAAGAAAAGAACAAAAACCCGGCACAUUACACUUUACACGUAUCACAAUUUGCUUUAACCGAUAAAUUCACGAGAGAACACACACAUAAUUCCAUAAUUACAGCGUUAAUUACAUAAAUCAGAUAUGAUUUGCGCGGGACCCAUUCUUAUGAGAGCGAAGAAGAACUCUCUCUCUCUCUCAAUCCAUGAAUCAUAAUCACGCAUCAUCGUCGUCGUCAUCACCAACUUCUUCAUCAUCAUCAAUGUGAAUACCCCAAAACGAAUCUUUCUUUUCCCCUUUUCUUUUCUAUCUAACCUAAAUCACACUGAUUCGUCCCUCUUUCCCGCUCCCGCUUUUUUUCUUAUCUCCAUUUUCCCCUGCGCUCUAUUCAAAUUCGUCUCCGAAUUGUCUCUCUCGUUUCUGUGUUCUGUUUUUCACAAUUCGUCGCAAUCAGCAAUUCAGAAACCCUAGACCCAUCCUUCUCUCUCUCUCUCUCUCUCUCUCUCUCUCUCUCUCUCUCUCUCUCUCUCUCUCUCUCUCUCUUCUUCCUGUCCCAUCAUCUGUCAAAGUUUAAAAACCCCCUUUUCCCCUAACUUUUUUUUUUAUCUUCAGUUUUUUUUUUCCCGGGAAAUUUUAUCUCUGUCAUGAUCAUUUCUUGUUAGUAUGAUCCUUUAUUAGGUUUCCUUGGGGCCGAUCUCGCCUUUUCCUCUUUUCCCUCCCUCUUAUAGUCGCAGACCCGAGUAAACCCUAGAAUCUCCAUUUUCAAUUCGAUUUGGUUCUGUAUUUUCCAUCUUUACUCGCCUAAGGUUUGAUCAUUCAAAUUAUUCUCUCUAGGGUUUACUGGGUCAAGUUUUAGUAACCGCUUAGAAUCGGUCCUUGUCCAUACAUCAUCUCUCUCUAUAUUCCACUUGCAAAAGGUCUUGUGUCUCUGGCUCCAAUCAUGGCGUAUCACUCGAUUCCGGGCUCUGGGUUUCAUUAUUCGAAUUCCCCGUUUGGCGAUACAACCUUUACCAAGGUCUUUGUUGGUGGCCUCGCGUGGGAGACUCAAAGCGAGACUCUUCGUCGGCAUUUCGAACCCUAUGGUGAAAUCCUUGAGGCGGUCGUUAUUACCGAUAAGAACACCGGUCGAUCCAAAGGUUACGGCUUUGUGACUUUCCGAGACCCAGAGGCUGCUAGGAGAGCCUGUGCCGACCCAGCGCCUAUAAUAGAUGGCAGACGAGCGAAUUGUAAUCUUGCUUCUCUUGGGAGACCUCGGCUUCCUAUGCAAUAUGCAGUGAUACCCAAUAUUCCUGGACGAAUGAGACCUGCUUCCCCAUAUGUUGGAAGUGUGCAUGGUCCUCGCGGUUCACUUUUUGGAAGCCAUCCCUACCAGCAACCACCUGCUUAUGGCUAUCAGCAAGGAGUGAUGUACCCUUACGGGGUUACGCCAUAUGGACCUGAGUACAUGUACUCACAGUCUCAGGGCUUAUAUGGUCCUUACACGGGGCAGCAGUACCUUCAGGUUUAUGGAGUACCUGGGGCAGUUAACUCACCGGGCUACCAAUACGGGCAAUUGACUCAGAAUAUUCCGGGUGGUCACGGUUACACAGCAGUACAGGGUUAUUCAGUUCCAGGAAGUCAUGUUGUGCAGCUUGGUGGAACCAGUGUCACUUCAACUAUGUCUGCUAUUCAAUCUCCCUACCCUUCAGCUAUAGCCGGUCCUGCCCCAACGCAGUCCCAUGUCAUUGUCCAGACUCCUCAGUAUGUGCAGAGUAGCGGUUCUGAUCAAACAACAGGGUGAAAACUCGACCAGGAAAAGGGAAAGAAGUUAAAGGACAGUGAAAAUGCUACUCUGAGUAGUGGCAGGCUUGCUGUUUAAGCUUUACGCAUUAUUUAUUAUAGCAUUCUAGAGGUUUAUAAGUAGUCUUGUUCACUAAAGAAGUCAAAAAGGGUUGCUCUCAGGAAGCGGAUGUUAGGGCAAAGGACAAUGGAAGUUUCAUGGUUCGUGCUUCUGUUAUCUUAACACACUCUCUCUCUCAUCAUGUAUAUAGCCACGACAAGCUUUUCUGGCUUAAACUAUAUGAAUGGUUUCACUCCGGAAACAAGGGUUUUCGUGGUAAACCGGUAGGAAUAAGUUUGGUGUACAAAGAAACAUGCACAUAUAUUAUAGAAUGGUGGAAUCAAAAUCUGAUUCUUUUGGUAGUUUACGUAGUCCUCUUACGACACACUUUCUUAAGGCAUAGGAGUGUUAGUAAGAAGAUUGUUAGGUAAAGCCUUUUUAAGUCCUCUCGAGUCGAGUCCUCAGCAUUGUAAGUAAAAAAUUAUUGUCUAUUGAGCUGACUUAGCUUCUUGUCUGUGCAUAUAUCUUAGCUCCAGGGUUCUCUUUUCCAUGUCUGUACAGUUUCUAGGCUGAUUAAAUUGUUUUUCUGGAUAUUCCUUAUUGUUUCUGUCUAUGGCUCCAUCUUCUCAAGAAUCUCUUCUGUUUUUUACUCCA